AGAUAUUAUAAAUAAUAUAUUGUAGUAUAGUGUAUAUAUCAUUGCCGAUAAUUUGUAAGUAAGUUUUAAGCCUUUUUUAUUACUUAUGGAUUUGGAGCCGGACCCGGAUCCUCCGGAUCCGAAAGAUGAUUCAGGAGAUUUUGCUGAUACUACCAAUAGCAUCUUCAGCAAACCUAUGUUUUUUGUUGAUGAAUAUGAUCAUUCAAAUAUUGCAGAGUUUGUUAACAUCAAAAACAAAAAGAAAGAAAAGAAAAAUAAAUUAUCUAAUUCUUUCAAAACCAAACAUACAGAUAAGCAAUUGUCAAUGCGGCCACUGCAGCAGGCUCUGGUGUCAGAAAAUUUGAUUUUAAAUAAGAAAACGCCAAAUAUCGCGGGUCCCCCCUUGCAGGUCGAAUCUUCUCUCGAGCCUGCUUCAGUGACUCAAAGGGCACCUAAAGUAGCUGAAUCUCCAUAUAGAACAUUUUAUAUGCAAACUGACCCUGGUCCAUAUAUGGUACAAGCAACUCUGAUAUCAGAACCCAUGUCAGGUACCACACUGCAUCCCCUGAAGUUUGGCAGCUUUUUGAUGAAGAACGGAUUAGGAAAUAUACUUCAGGACGGUAUUAAACGAAUAGGGAGGAACCGCAUUUCAAUUACUUUUAAAACAUGUAGUGAUGCCAACAAUUUCUUAAAUGUAAUGUCCAAAAAUUUAGAUUAUAAGGUUGCGAUCCCAACAUUCAAUAUUUGUAAGAUGGGCUUGGUUAAGGGAAUCCCAGUAGAAUGGACCCAUGAGGAUAUUAAAAUGAAUUUACAAAUACCGGACGGGUAUGGACCAAUAGUUAAGUCCCGCAGAUUGAGUAGGAGGACUGUAAACUCAGACUCAGUUUCAUGGACUCCUACUCAGUCAGUGGUCCUAACCUUUGAUGGACAGGCCUUGCCCUCAAGAGUGUAUUCCUUCUUUUCGAGCAUCCCCGUGGAACAAUAUAUUUUUCCAACUAUUCAGUGCUUCAAUUGCUGCCGUUUUGGUCACACUAGAAAUAACUGUAGGAGUAAACCAAGAUGCAGCAAAUGUAGUGGGGAACACAGUGGGCUCUCAUGCCUGGUGACUGAAUAUGUCUGUGUCAAUUGUUCUGAACCUCACAUGGCAACAAAUAAGCUGUGCCCUGAGUUCAAUAGGCAAACAAAUAUCAAAAAACAUAUGUCUGAAAACUCAACUUCUUAUCAGGAAGCAGCAAAGCUAUUUCCCUUUAAGAAUACCUAUUCUCAUGUAGCGACUUCCUUGCAAUCCUCACAUCCUCCCUCUUCAAAUUCUGUUCUUGACAAUAACAAUAUCCAUUCUUAUAAGAAAACUAUUGUUAAGAAACCUAAACAAGCACCAAGUCAUUCUCCAGGUUAUGAUAAGCAGGAACAUAAUUCCUUGAUACGCUCCAUCUCCUUUGAAGAAACUAGAACUACAGGUACAGCUCUCCCAGCAAAUAAAGCACCUUUACCCUCAUCAGAGGAACUUAAUAAGUUGUUAUCAACACUUGUUAACAUUAUUGCUAAUUCUAACCUUCCAGAAUCCGUUGCUGUUACAAUAAUAAACAAUAUUUCAAUAUCAAUUUUUAAUAUAUUUAAACAUGGAUCAAGUCCUCCAGUGGAACUGUAAAAGCAUUACACCUAAAAAACAUGAUAUAAUCAAUUUGAUUAACUCAUAUAAUUUAUUUCUUUUAGCUAUUUCUGAGACUUGGUUAAAACCCAAGUCCAAUUUUCAUAUCCAAGGA